AUGUCGAGGCUAGUUCUGCUUGCACUGCCGUGGCUAGCCCUACUUGCGUGGGCGGAAGAUGUCUAUCUUGAAUGGGAUAUCACCUGGGUCUGGGCUGCCCCGGACGGGUUUGCCAGGCCCCUGAUCGGUAUCAAUGGAGAAUGGCCAUGCCCACAGGUAGACGUGAAUCUGGGAGAUCGGGUUAUUGUGGAUGUACACAACGGCCUUGGGAAUCAGACCACUGGCAUCCACUGGCACGGCUUCCACCAGUACAUGACAGGGAUGAUGGACGGCAGCAGUGAAGUGACGCAGUGUCCGAUACCUCCAGAUGAAAAGAUGAGAUAUGAAUUCAUGGCAAAUCAAUCCGGGACGUACUGGUACCAUUCACACAACAUGGGCCAAUAUCCCGAUGGACUGCGAGGAGCCUUUAUAGUGCACGACCCAUCUCCACCGUUCGAAUACGAUGACGAAUUCACCAUCACUCUGUCCGACCUAUACCAUGAACAGAUGCCCUUGCUACUCAAUCAGUACCAGUCUCUCGAAAACCAGGCGAAUGGAGGGCUGGAGCCUCUGCCGGACAGUGCCAUAAUAAACGACUCGACAAACACCACUAUCCAUGUCCAUCCCAACAGGACAUAUCUAGUUCACAUAGUCUGCACCGGCAACUGGCCUGGACACACCUGGUUUUUCGACGAGCACGAGAUGACCGUCGUCGAGGUUGAUGGCAUCUUCACCGACCCAUACCCUGCCCGUGACAAGCGCCUCCGAAUAACAACCGGCCAGCGCAUGAGCGUCCUGAUCCAGACAAAGAACGACACCAGCCGUAACUACGCCAUGUGGAAUACAAUGGACAUGAACAUGAUGUUCUUCUACGAGAAUCGAACCAUCCCUGAGGGCUUCAACCCGAACGUCACCGCGUGGCUGGUGUACAACGAGAGCGCGCCUCUACCUCCUCCUCCUGUGGUGUACAACCUGGAUGCAAAUAAGGAUUUCGUUGAUGAUGUUCUCUUCGUGCCUGCGGACCACGAAAGGAUCCUUGAACCGGUGGAUCGCCAGAUCAUCAUAAACACCACUUCAAAGGCUAUCAGUGGCGUUGCGAGGUGGACUGUGAACAACGAGACAUAUAUCCCGCCAACCGUGCCAUCGCUCUAUACAGCCUUAUCCGUCGGCGAGGAAUACAUUUCUGAUCCCACGGUAUACGGACAGGUCAACCCGUUCAUUGUCGAGUACGGCGAGGUCGUCGAAAUCGUGAUCAACAACGACCACAACAACCUGCAUCCAUGGCAUCUUCACGGACACCAGUUCCAGGUUAUCCAACGCUCAGCAGUAGACGGGGGGCUUUUCGCCAACUAUUUCCAGAACAUCUCGUCGACUCCGGUGAAGCGGGAUACGAUCAUGGUGCAGAACAACGGACAUGCAGUUAUACGGUUUCGAGCAGAUAACCCAGAUAAGUCUCACCAUUUCUACCGUGCUUAUAGCAAGACUCUGACUGACUGA